AAGGGAGCCCAUCGUCAACGCAGAGAAGCUCCCGUUCACCCUUACGUUUGACGAAAACUGGCCAACAGUUCAAGAGCAAUGGCCAUGCAAAAACAAGGUAAUUCAUCAAAAAAGAGCUCAGGGCAUAAGAUAGAGAUGCAGUUAUCAAAACUGCAAAAAGCAGUACAGCUGGAUGAAAGGAACUUGACAGUGGAAGAAUUAUUUUCUCUUCCUAAAACUGCCCUUAAACCUCCUGCUUCAUUGAGAGAUAGGAAGGACUUCCAUAAGAAAACUAGAUCACAGCUACUGAAAGAGAAGGAAGAUCAGGCACAUCAGAAAUCAUACACAGCUAUGAGAAAGGAGAGGGAGGACUUUCGUAAGAGACUUAUUGCACUUAUUUUCAAGCGGGAUGAAGAAAAAACGAGUACUUUUCAGAUUCCAACACCAAAGGAGAAGGAAAGUUUGCGAUAUUACUACUAUAUUCAUCAUGGAAUUGAUACCGUUCAUGUUGCUCCACUUGAGCAAACAUGGUUAAACAACAUAUGUGCUCAGAUUCCACAGAAAAUCCAAACAUACCACAAACUAAAGGAACAGCUUAUUGAGGAAGUAAAGGAAGAGUUUGUGUUAAGCAUGAAAAAGGCUGUUGUAGACUUUGUUCUUCAAGACCCAAGUGAAAGUGAUAAUCGAAUAAAACAGUAUGACUCUACUUAUAGACAGGAGCUGAAAGGAUUGUCCAAGAUAUGGAGGCCUAAUUUCGAAAAGAAUUUGUCAAAAAUACAAACUAAUUUGCACAGAGUGAACCCUUGUCUUGCACAGGUCCUGGAUCUCUGGUACAAGUCCUUUAGUGAAAUGCGCCUUGUGAAAGUGAAGGAGAUCAUCAAGGCAGGUGUUGCUCUUGAGUUGGCAGAAUUCCAGGCACUGGUCUCCAGACACAUAGAUGCAGCGAAGGAGUGCCUUAAGACACAGUGGUUUCCAACAGUCCAGGAUGUAUUCUUGCUG